GUGAAAGAUAAACAACCAAGCUUGUGCAGAGUGAUUUGUGUUCUCAAGUUAUAAAUAAAGUAAUUUGUUCAUCAAUGUCUUAGGGAGUGUGACUAUAAAAUUUUAUUAUAGUAUGAUGGGAACGCUAUUCUUCACUGUUUUAAUAUAUUUCCCCAAAGCAGUUAUUUUUAUGCGCAAUGCCAUGAUGCUUAUUUUAAAUAAGGAACUAUUAACUUUUAAAACAUUUGCGGCAGUAGAGACACUGCUCUAUACAAUAUGUGUGGGAACUUGGCCAAUGGUUCUAUUUGAGCGUACCAAAAAUGAAGUUGAUACAAUUAAAGAUAUUUUGUUUAAACAGUCUCUUUUAGAUACAGAUGAAACUCUUCGCCUGGAAACUCAACGCGCUCUCCAGCACAUCAGCCUCCGCCCAUGUCGGUACCGCGUCUGUCGCGUGAUGCCGAUGGGCGUUGGUCUCUCGCUCAGCUUCAUCAGCCUUUGUAUCACCUACGUCAUCGUUCUUGUGCAAUUGGGAUGA